AUGCAUCUGUGCCUCUCGCAAUGUAUCUGCACAGUCGCGAUUGGCAUGGAGGUUGCUUCUUGGGAUGCACUGCUGCGCAUCAUUCAGUUUGCUGAAGACGGGACGUGGCGACCUUUUCCACAUGUCUUCCCCAAGGUGGAUCCUCUUGUACUACUUCACGCCUUGGUUCCUGAAUCUGAACGGAAGAAGUUCGCAGUUCGAGUCACAGCUGGGAGGGCCGCCGACGAUGACCACGAUCAGGUCUACCCUCUCUUCAAGCUUCCAGGCUAUGCGGGCGUGGCCUUCGAGUCGAACCCUCGAGCGCUUCAGGACCUAAGCACAAGUCUGGCGGCUGCGAACGAAAGCGGGCGCAUGUUUGCAGAACCGUGGACGCCGCAGAACGACAGUGCUGGCCCGCCGCUGCACCUGUACAGCGUGCCUCAGGACUUCGAUAUCUUGCAGCUUCGCACCCGAUCUCUUGAUUUGGAAGUCCUGCGCGGCAUGCUGGAUGCGGCUUACAGGCCCAAAGUGCUGGUGAUGGGCGUGAGGCUGGACAUGCCCCCGCCCUUCGAGUACGAAGCGGUUCCUGCUGCCGAUGCGGAGCAAGAGUGCAUGCAAGCAGAAGGAGCGUUCGGUGCUUCUCUCGCAAGAGCCUGGGCAGAGUUAUCUCGGCGCAGAUACUCCUUGGUGGCACUGGAGGGCUCCUCAGCUGCAUCGUGCGAGGGUCGAAAUGAAGGCCAGGCGUGGUUCGUGCACAACGAGGCCCUACGUGUGGUGGGACCGCUGGUCUCAUGGCAUGGCAUGGUCCGAAUGUUCUGGGCGCAGGUGGACAUGAAGUGUGCGCCAACCCAGCAGCUUUUGGCGGAUAUUCUUCGGCUGUCGGGCAUGUUGGAUGGGUUGGCAGGAUGGACCGGUGCGGAGAUGUCCUCGCACAUUGCGAACUUGGCAUCGCAGCCUCCGGUGCGCACGUACAUCGAAGAGCACCAGGCCGGUCUGAUCCACCGGUGUCCAUGGCAAAAGCUUGUCAUGCAAGUGGGCCCUCCGGGCUAUGCGUCAAGCCUUCAAACGCUCUUGGCCAGAGUGCGACGUGAAGGCUUGUCCAACCCGUUCAGCGCAGCAGCUGGAACUGGAUGUCCGUCCCGGUGUGCUACAGUGUCUGAUGCCCUUUGGAAUGACACCGUGCCCUAUCGCGGCGGCCGGUGGGACAUCGGAGACACAGCGGAUGAUUUGGAAAAUGCUUGGAUCCGGCGCUUUGGACCGGUCCGGCAGAGGAUCCAUGAAGUGUUUGGCUGCUAUGUGCCAAUCUUUGUCAAUUGGUUCGGCUUACUCCACAAGGAUCGUUCAGACUACCAACCUUACAAACGUGCUUGGGCAACUGUGGCCACAGCUAUAUUGUACAACCCGGAGUGCAACUUCAUAGCGCUGUCUGUCCUCGACCGAGGGCCAACCGUUCCAGGGGGAUCAAAAAAGGUGAGUUGUGUUGACGAGAUGCCGAACCUGAUGCUGUUCGGGUCCUCUCAUGGACACGUUCCCAUCCCGCUGGUCAGAAAGGAUAGCUGCUCGAUGCAGCAUCUACCUACUCGGUACUAUGUUGCAUGUAUGGGUCGGCAUGGCUACGCACGCUCGGUUGUUCUGGAAGCUCUGCGGACAGACGCCUUCUUGUCUGCGUUGGCAGAUAUGAGCCCACCCUGGCCGCGUGAAGAUCUGGUUUUCACCGGCCUGGCUCCAGGGGGGCGUGCCGGGUUCGAGAGUAUCGCCUCCCAGUCGAAGUUCUGCAUCGUGACUGCCAGGUUGGGUCGGAGUGCCUUCAUGCUCGCUGAGGUGGUGCAAGUGGGGGGCUGCCUUCCGGUCUACAUCUGGGAUGAUGUGGAUUGGGCGGCGCUCGGAGGCAGCAGCAACUUGACAUCGUUCGGGCUGAGCCUCCAGGUGACCCAGCUCUGGAAGCUUCCAAUCCUGCUGCGUCGAAUCACGGACGAGAAGUAUGCCAUGAUGAAGAAGAACAUGGAGCGAUCGAGGGCUGCCUACACAAUGCCUGGAACUCUGGGGGCAAUCCGAGACUUCAUGCUUGGGUUCCCUACACUGCGCUACCUGCCGUUGCCUCCUGAAAGGGCCGCUUACGCACAAGCGCGGCUCUUCAAGAUUGGCAGAGAUGGAGUGCGACGCGUCUGGGCCAAGGGGUCUCGAUCUGCUGCGUAG